GUAGACAGACAACCGCCACCAAGAGUAGGUUAAUGUAGUCCAGUCUGUGGGCCAGUUAGCCCUAGACACAGGCUUAAAAUGUUGAUAAACCUGGACCCUCGGGGGCCUGGUCCUCCAUUAAAAAUCCUUCUUUUUCUUGAGCUUAUAGUGAUCUCUAGUUGUAAUACAUUAUUAAACUACGACGACGUAGAUAUUGAAGAAAAUCUGACUGAAACUGAUCUAGAAGAGAGUUCAGAGUUUCAGUUUACAAGUCUAUCUUACAACGCAACCAUCGGUGAGAACAGUGUUGGAAAGGUGUAUGUGGAAUCCCACCAAAAAAUGGGAAUAUUCAACGCUGAUCCUGAUGUUAACAUUAAAUAUAAGAUUGUCGACGGUGACCACGAAUUCUUUUUUAAAGCUGAAUCGGAGCAGGUCGGAAACUUUGUGUUUUUACUCAUCCGAACCCGAACCGGGAAUAUAAAUGUUCUCAACCGAGAACGAACUGAAUCCUAUCAGCUAACAGUGAGAGCAACUUUUCGUGAUUCAACCCGGCAUAGGAUUCGGGAUAUUAAAGCUCGUACGGUUGUGAAUGUCCAGAUCUUGGAUACUAAUGAUCUUGAUCCGUUCUUCAAUCCUUCCUCUUACAGGGUUUCAGUUCCAGAGGAUCAUCCCUUACAUGCCAGUAUUCUCAGGGUAAAUGCUGAGGACGCUGAUAGUGGAAUUAACGGAGAGAUUUACUACAGUAUUGCAGAGGAUACGGAUAUGUUUACAAUUCAUCCGGUUUCAGGACUUAUAUCUCUAGCUAGGAAUCUUGUGUACAGUGAGAAACCCAACCAUAGGAUAACAGUAGAGGCCAGGGAUAGAGGAACUGUUUAUUCCUAUGGUCCAAGGAGGGUGGAUACAGCCACGGUUUCUAUCUCUGUGGAGCAAGUGAACAAGUUUGAUCCGAUUAUGAAGAUUCAACAUCUUCCCGAGGUAGUGGAACAAUCCCAUACAGAUAUAUACGCGAUCAUUCAUGUUACAGACCCGGAUCCGGGUCAACACGGAGAGGUAGCAGGACUAGAGAUCAUUGAAGGAGAUCCUGAUGCUCAUUUUAGGGUUAGACCCGGAGCUGAUCCUUCCGAGUUCAAUAUAGAGGUUCUCAAACUACUGGAUAGAGAGAUAGCUCCUAAAGGAUAUAAUCUCACUCUUAAAGCCAUGGAUAAUGGGAUACCACCCAGGUCGAGCUAUAAAGAAGUGCAUGUUAGACUAGCAGAUCUCAAUGAUCACCCACCAGUCUUCGACAAAGAAGAAUACGAAGUUAGGAUUCCAGAAUCUGCUCUUCCAAACACUCCACUAACUAGGCUUAAGGUGACCGAUCUGGAUUCUGGUAGGAACGCCAAGGUUGUGUUGAAGAUAACUGCUGGUAACCCAGAUGAUCAGUUCAGGAUUGAUCCUCUCUCCGGAGUUCUAUUCGUAGCUCGACCUCUGGACGCGGAGACUAAGAGUAGAUACACCCUAACCGUCUCCGCCCUGGAUAUGGCGAAUGCCGGGAUGAGAAAACAAUCCUCCGCCCGUGUCAGUAUCUUCAUCGACGACGUGAACGAUAACACUCCUGAGUUUGAGAACAAAGAGAAGGAGAUAUUCUUCAAUGAAAACGAACCUUCCGGGACGCGUGUUAUGAGAUUAAAUGCUCAGGAUCUAGAUUCUGGCGAGAACUCUAGGAUAACCUACAGUAUUGUAAAUAUUCACGCGGACGAACUUCCCUUUGAAAUUGAUCAUUUCACGGGAGUGAUUAAAUCCCGCUCCGUGAUAGAUUACGAGUCUGCACGACGAGAUUAUGAUCUGAUUAUCCGAGCAAGUGAUUGGGGAACUCCUUUCCGUAGAGAGUCGGAGAUGAAGUUGAUGAUUCAUAUCAAGGAUAUUAACGAUAAUAGACCUCAGUUUGAGCGAGACGGAUGUAUUGGAAAGGUUUCCAGGUCCCUACCCCUGGGAGGAGAAAUCAUAACCCUCUCCGCCCUCGACUACGACGUGAGGAACAUCAUCAGCUACAGGGUUGUAUCUGGGAACGCGGACGGAUGUUUUUAUCUGGACGAAACAACAGGUGUUCUUAGUGCCAAGUGCGAUCUAGGACGUUUACCGAUGAAACGGCGGAUCCUAAACGUAACGGCCACUGAUGGACAGCAUUUUGCCGACGUAAUGCCGAUAGAGAUAAACCUGGUUGAGACGGAGGGGUUCUACAGGGAUACCAGCCUGGAAGGACGCAUGCUAGACUUCAACUGUAGGAACACUAAUGUAGCACAGAAGCUGACGGAAUUGAUGGCUGAAGCGGAGAAGAAUAACAGAGGAUCCUUGGAACCAGAGUCAAACCCGGUUCUUCUUCAUAAUAUUCAUUAUCCAACCUUUCAACGUCUUCCCAAAUCCUUCUACCUCAACGAAACUGAUCCCGUCGGUACUGAAGUAUUCAAGGUGAAUUGUGAGGAUAUGGAUCCAGGAUUCGAAGGAUUCCUCGUGUAUGCUAUCUCCGGAGGGGAUCCUGAUGCUAUAUUUGAAAUCAAUAUGACCAGUGGAGUUGUUAGGCUAAUGGCUCAGGCGGACCGAGAGAAAACCCAGGAUUACAUGCUGAAUAUUACCGCCUGUGAUCUAGGUAUUCCUCAGAAGUGCUCCUCCAUACUUAGUCAUGUCAUAGUUGUGGACCAGAAUGACAAUUCUCCGGUUUUUAUCAAAUCUGCAUUUUCAUUCUUCUUUCCAGAGAAUACGAGGAACGGAACCCCUGUCGUAACUCUUAACGCUACGGAUCUUGACUCCGGACCGUUUGGUCAAGUAACCUACAUUCUUGAAACAGAGACAGAAUAUUUCUCCUUAGACCCUAGUACUGGACUCUUGAUAGUAUCCAAGGAGCUAGAUCGGGAGACCAAGGAGUUCUAUGACCUAACAAUACGUGCAGUGGAUGGAGAUUUGAAUGCUCCUCUGUCCUCCCUGGCCAAGGUUCGAGUUCGAGUUCUGGACGUGAACGAUGUAGCUCCAAGGUUCACCUCACAGGAGUACUAUGUGAAGACUAGAGAGGAUCUUCCUGUACGGACAAUGGUUGGAUUUGUGGAUGCAUAUGAUCCUGAUCUGUAUCAGGGCGGGCAAAUUACUUACUCUAUAGAUUAUGGAGCAGAGGAUAUGUUUUUUAUUGAUAAGUUUACAGGAGCAAUUAAGAUUAAGAAGCAGUUGGACUACGAGACUAAACAACUGUACAACCUAACCGUUCUCGCUAUAGACGGGGGAUCACCGUCCCUAGUCUCUGUAUCCUCGUUUAUUGUCGAGGUUCUUGAUGUAAACGAAAACCAGCAUCCACCUAGGUUUGACUCCGUGUUUGAAUCUGCCAGGGUACCGGAGAAUCUUCCUCCUGGUUCUCUGGUGACAAAAAUCACUGCAACUGAUUUCGACACUGGAGCGGAAGAUAGAAGGGUUUCCUAUUCUAUCAGAGGAGGAGACGGACUCAACAGUUUUACUAUUGAUGAUUCAGGGAAUGUAAAAACCUCUGUGGUUCUGGACAGGGAAUCUAAAAGUAACUAUUGGUUAACUGUUUACGCCCAGGAUCAUGGUUCGGUUCCUCUCUUUUCUAAACUAGAAAUAUUUAUUGAAGUUCUAAAUAUAAAUGACAAUAUCCCUCUCACACUCUUUCCAGUUUAUUUUCCAUCAGUUCCGGAGAACUCAAAGCCAUCAACUCCAAUUGUAACUCUGGAGGCGUUUGACGGGGACUGGGACCCUGAACAGAAAUUAGUGUUUGAGAUAACUAGCGGGGAUCCACAAUCAUUAUUCACCAUCAACUCUAUAACAGGACAGAUCUUCACAACUCAUAGAAAACUUGAUAGAGAGGUUCAAAGUGAGCACGAGUUGGAAAUACGAGUAAGUGAUUCAUCUCAACCACCGCUUAACUCGACCACAAAAGUAAUUGUAUCCGUCCUAGAUGAGAAUGAUAACACGCCACAGUUCCUAGAACGAUAUUACAAGAUUAAAUUGCCCGAGAUUCUCCUGGUAGACGAGAGCUUGCAGAAGGAUCAGGAAACCCUACCGGCCGGCCAGAACAAAUCUAUGAAUGAGGCAAAAUAUGACCCAUUGUUUGAGAAUACAACAUGGGAAACUUUUAACAUUGCUGAUCUGGACGGGAAGCCUGUGUUCCGUGUAAUUGCAUUAGAUAAGGACGAAGGUCUCAAUUCCAAGCUUUCCUACAGUAUAAACAACGGUGUGGACGGAACUGGAAGGUUCCAAGUUAACCCUGAGACAGGAACAGUCCACACUACAAUAUCUUUGUUGGGAGGAGAAAUGUUUGAACUCCUUGUGGAAUGCAAAGAUGGAGGUAAUCCGCAAUUAUCCGACGUUUCUAGGGUUUCAGUCGAGAUCAUCCCAACCGAACCUGACACCAACCAAACAAUAUCAAUCCCAGAGAAACAUAAUGUAGAAGUGUUUGAAACGGAUCCUGUUGGGCAUCUUGUCAUUCUUCUCCAACCUGAGGUAGAAAUAGACAAUUUCAUUUUCUUUGAAAUAGUUGGAGGCAACGACGGGUUUGAUUUUACCAUAUCCGGAGACAAGGGAAGCUUACUGAUUGCAAACCCUUUGGAUUGGGAAAGACAAGGAGAGUAUAGUUUAAAUGUGAGUAUAUCUGAUGGAGCAGUUCAAGAAUUCACUCUACUUCACAUCAAGGUGAUCGAUGUUCAAGAGGAUCGACCUGAAUUUUCCGCUGCAGAAUUUGUGAUCGACGUUCCGGAAAACUUUACUCUCAAUGGUGAGAUUACACGCCUGACAUUGACAGAUCGGAGUGCAGAAACAAAGAAACUCUUCUCCGUGCACGCUGCUCAAAGUUUGGAGUCUUUUCAUACCUUUAAGAUAGACCCGAUAGACGGAACUGUAUCAUUAGCACGUAAGUUAGACAGGGAACAGAUCUCCCGCCAUAUAUUGACGGUUUCCGUCAAGGAUGAGGGAUCCUUGUCAAAAAAGAAUUUUGCUCGGUUGGUUAUAAAUGUGGAGGAUAAUAAUGAUCAUAGUCCACAGUUCCUAUCCCAGCUCAUUCAAACAAAACUUUUUGAAACUGCUGAUAUCGGAAGUUCCGUUGUUCAAGCUCUAGCUAUUGACAAUGAUCACGGAGAGAACGGACGGAUUACCUACUCAAUUCUUACAGGAAAUGUUGGAAACUCUUUCUUUAUUGAUCCUGAUCUAGGAAUACUCCGGGUUGCCCGUGAUCUGGAUAUUCGUGUUCAACCAGAGUAUAUGCUCGUUCUUAAAGCUACAGACAAUGGUAUGGUUCCUCUCUCCGCAACUCUUCCUGUUCAUAUCCUACUUACUAUGGCAGAUUCAGCUCCUCCAAGGUUCCUUGAACCCCACUACGCUACGGAGGUUUAUGAAAACCUAGCUCGGGGACACUUCGUAAUUCAUGUAGAAGCUCGGAGCCAAUCCUCACUAUUUUACGAGAUCUCCAGUGGGAACCAGGACGGAGUUUUUAGAAUAAAUCCCAGCACUGGAAUAAUUAUGACCCAACAAAAUUUGGACUUUGAAAAAACUCGAGUUUACAAUCUGAUUGUUCAAGUGUCUAAUAUGGUUGGAGCUAAGACAAGUGUGGGAACAGACAUUCAUGUUCUAGACAUAAAUGACAAUAGUCCUAUGUUUAAGAAAAACUAUUUUGAAGGGAAUAUCAGUGAAUCUGCUCCUGUCGGUUCCUUAGUCCUCACGGAUAACACGACUCCUCUUGUUAUAAAAGCAACAGAUGAAGACUCAGGACUCAACUCUUUACUCAUGUAUGAAAUUCUUGGUGAUCAAGCGAGCAAAUAUUUCACAAUCGACUCUAGCACUGGAGCGCUCAGAACUAUUCUUAAUCUGGAUUUUGAAACACACUCCGUGUUUGAGUUUAACGUAAGAGUCUCUGAUAUGGGAAAACCUAGAUUAAGCGCGGAAACUACAGCUCAUGUCAAGCUUUAUGUUAAAGAUGAAAACGAUUCCCCGCCAAGGUUCUCUAACAGGGUGUAUGAUAAAACUCUUUUGCUUCCAACGUUUAAAAAUGUGAGCGUGGUUCAGGUGAAUGCCAGUGAUCCUGAUAUAGAAAUAGUUUCAACCCUUCAGUACUCAAUAGCUGGCGGUAAUCUAGGAGAUCUGUUUGGACUGGAUGAGAGAACUGGACGGAUAUUUGUGAAUAGACCUGACGAGAUAGAAGGGAACCCACGGUAUUCUCUCGACCUCAUGGUUUCAGAUGGAAAGUUUACUGAUCUCUGCAGGCUUAACAUUGAUAUUAGAAAAUCUGAAAACUCCGGACUUGCAUUUAGUAAAUCCAAGUACUAUGCUACAGUACUAGAGAAUUCCACCAAAUCUGAUGUUAUUCUGGUUGUCAAUGUUCUUGGAUCAGCCCUGAACGAGAACCUUGAGUUCUCUAUUCUCAACCCAACGGAUUUGUUUAAUAUCGGGAGAACAUCCGGAGCUCUGUCUACAACUGGGAAGGUGUUUGAUCGAGAGAAUCAGGAGAACUACGAACUAAUCCUUGAAGUGAGGAGUGAGGAAAGAGCAAGAUACACUCCAAGGAUUGCACAUGUGGUUGUCGAUGUGACUGUGAUGGACUUGAACGACAAUCCUCCAAUGUUUGUAAACAAACCGUACUACGCCGUGAUAUCCCGGGAAUCUGAGAGGGAUACUCAGGUUAUCCAAGUCAUGGCUGUUGAUCUUGACAAGGGCUCCAACGGUGACAUUUACUACCAGCUGGUGCGGGGGAACGGAGAUUUAUUUAGAGUCGGCAGAAAAUCUGGACGUAUAACACUUAAACGAACCUUGAAUAGUCCCCGAGAGGAUUAUAUUCUAACUAUCGCUGCAUAUGACGGUGGGAGUCCUCCCUACUCCUCAGAAACCCAAGUUCUUGUUAAAAUUGUGGAAAAAUCCGUCCCAACUUUUAGUGAACAGAGUUACAAAACCAGUGUACCGGAAAACGCAGAAACCUUUUCUCCGAUCCUAACUACAUCUGCAGUGAGUCCGACUAAAGGAGAGCUCAUCUAUACCCUGGAAACUGGAAACGAACUUGAAAUAUUCUCCGUGGACCAUAGUGCCGGAGUAUUGUUUGUAACUGAAGGGUUGGAUUACGAGACUAGGCAACAGCAUCAGCUCACACUCAGGGCAACAGAUACAAUAUCCUCAGGGUAUUCUGAAUCUAUAAUAUUCAUCUCUGUCGAGGACGUGAAUGAUUGUUCCCCGAGGUUCCUUAAUGAUAGUUACUUUGUCUCCGUGUCUGAGGCUCAACCUCAUGGAUCCAGGAUAAUUCAAGUUCAAGCCGAGGAUCUUGAUUCAGGGGUGAACCAAGAGAUACAGUACAGUCUUAUGUCAGGACCAAACCAGUUCUCCGAUCUCUUUUCAAUAAACCCCAAUACAGGAGAAAUAUUCCUGCUCCGGAACCUUGACUAUGAAAGAGAAAAGUCUCAUCAUCUGAAAGUGUUAGCUACUGACAAGGGAACCCCACCAAGAACAGGAGAUACAACAAUUCAGGUAUAUGUAGAGGAUAGUAAUGACAACCCACCAGGGUUCGAGGAAGCGGAGUAUCAGUUCUAUCUCUCCAACGAGGCCAAUAGAGGACAGUUUGUUGGGAAGGUUCGGGCCGUGGAUCCAGACUUUAGUGAUAAUACCAAACUUCUAUAUUCUAUAAUCGGAGGAAAUGAACAUCAAAUAUUCUCUAUAGAGGAGGAGACUGGAAUGAUAAGUUUGGUUAAUCUGCACAACUUUGAUAAAGUUCCAACUUAUUCAUUAAACAUCACUGUAUCAGACGGAGUUUACGCCACUACAACUAAAGUUAAAAUUAAUCUGUACUCUGGCAAUAGACACAACCCUGUAUUUGAUAAAUCUGUCGUGGAAGUAAAGUUCAAUGAAAAUUCUCCGGAGAAAUCUAAGAUAGUGAGAGUAUUCGCUACAGACCUGGACGGAGAUACGUUAAAGUAUACAAUUAUCUCAGAUGAAGCAAAUAAACUGUUUGGAUUGAAUCCUGACACCGGAGAACUGAUAAACCUAAAGAUACUAGACCGCGAGGAGAAGGAUAACUAUGAUAUCCCUGUGAUGGUGUCUGAUAUGAAGGGAAGGAAUGGGUUCAGCAGGGUCAAAAUAACAAUAACAGAUGAAAACGAUAAUAUGCCUGUUUUCCCCCUGUCUGACUAUAAAGUAAAUAUCCCGGCUAACCUGACCGCAGGUUCACAGCUUCUCCAGGUUACUGCAGAGGACAGGGAUAUAGGAAGAAACGCUCAUCUCAAGUAUUCCAUCUACGAUACAAGAUCUUCCGGUGUAGAUGAUAUUUUAAAGAUCAAUAAAGAAAAUGGUCAGAUAUUUCUAAAGAAAGGAGCGAAGGAACUGGAGAACGAAGUUUAUCAAUUCUUUGUACGAGCUGAAGACGGAGGGAAGGAAACCCUGCACUCAGAUAUCCCUGUAGAAGUUUAUAUUAUGAGUCCUGUAGACCAUCCUCCCAGGAUUGAAAAACGAGAUUCUAUAUAUUUGGUAGACGAGGGGAGUCCCGUAGGGAGGACCAUUACCCAGCUCUCAGCAGUGUCUGCUCCAGAUAGUCAGAUACAAUAUAAAAUUGCGUCAACUCAAUAUUCGGGUCCAGACGCUCUCUUCCAAGUAGACAAUUCUGGCAGAGUAAUUAUUUCCAAUUUAUUGGACCGGGAGACUGCGGCUGUCCACAAGGUUGUAAUACUAGCGGAAACAGAUUCUAGCCCAACACUGAAUGCCUACACCACCCUGACUAUUCAGCUCCUGGAUAAUAAUGAUAACAGUCCUGAAUUUAUCUCAUCAAUGUAUGAAGUGACGGUUUCUGAAUCUGUUUCUCCGCAUACUUCUAUCCUGCAGGUGCACGCUACUGAUCUAGACUUCUCAAACAAUGGCGAGGUAACAUACAGCUUUGCCGAGGAAUCAAAACAUUUAGCUCCAUUGUUCAACAUUGAUCCACAUAACGGUUGGAUAACUACACAGGGAAACCUAGACUACGAGCAGACAGAAUCCUACAUCAUAACCAUCGAAGCAAAAGAUAAUGGAAAAGAGAGUAGAACUACGGAAACCAAGGUUUAUGUAAAUAUUCUGGAUACUAAUGAUAAUCCUCCAGAGUUCAGCCAGAGGCAGUAUUCUGCUGCGGUUAAUGAAGGAGCAUUGCCAGGAACUAUUAUUUUUCAGCUCCAGGUCCGGGACGUAGACAAGGAUGCAAAGAGUCAGGUUACAUUUUCCAUAACCAACGGGGAUACUCGGGGCAGGUUUCAGAUUAAGCAGAACGGAGAGGUUUAUGUUGCCCGUAGUUUGGAUAGAGAGGAGACGGCAGAGUAUCGAUUAGAAGUAACUGCAACAGACGGAUUGUUCGUAACAAGCUGCAGGGUUUCAAUAGAAAUAUUGGACGAUAACGACUCCUCGCCAACCUGCACACUAUAUAAUUACAGACAAGAAGUCUCCGAAGGGAUUCUUCCAGGGACGAAUAUACUAAGAGUAUCUGCUGAGGAUCAAGACGAAGGACAAAAUGCAAGACAAGUAUUUUCUUUAUUGGGAGAAACCAAGGAAUUGUUCAGCAUAGAUGCUGAUACCGGUUUAUUGACUACGUCCUUACUCCUCGAUAGAGAAAAGACAGGACACCACUUACUAACAGUUAGAGUUGAGGAUGCAGGGAACCCGGAAUGGUUUUGUGAAAGUAAGAUUGAGCUCACACUUACAGAUACCAAUGAUAAUCGUCCUAAAUGGGACACGAAUGAGUUCUCGGUCAGUAUCCCUGAGGAUGCAAAUAUCGGUCAGAUUCUCACCAAGGUUCACGCUACGGACUCUGAUCUAGGGGAGAACAGGAUUAUCACAUACUCCUUCUUGGACUCUGCUGAGGGACAGUUCGAGAUAGAAUCCAGGAACGGUGUGAUCACCCUCGCCAAGGGAUUGGACAGGGAGACGGUGGAUCUGUAUAAUCUCACAGUGAGAGCAAUGGACUCUGGUAGACCCAGACUAACUGCAAUCACUAAUCUCCUAGUUCGUAUCCUUGAUGUGAACGACAAUCCACCCGAGUUUGCGAGUAAAUAUUACUUUGCUACUGUCACUGAAGGAGUUCUCAAGGGGACAGAUGUAGUUCGAUUGCUAGCUAGCUCCAGGGAUACCGGAGUUAAUGCUGAGAUAAGAUAUUCUAUCUCCGGUGGAAACCAGCACAACAAGUUUACUAUUGACCCUUUCUCCGGCCUGGUCUCUGUUGCUGGUGAAAUAGAUUAUGAGAGAGCUCGCGAAUAUUUCCUAACUAUUAUGGCGGAGGACGGAGGAACCCCUCCUCUCAACAACCAUGCCACCGUUAAUAUCACUGUACUCGACGCUAACGAUAAUCUUCCCAUCUUCACUUUGGCUUCCUACUCUGCCAGUAUUAAUGAGAAGUCUCCUGUAGGACGGAGAAUAAUCUCACUAACUGCUACUGAUUUAGACAAGGGAAUGAACGGAAAGAUAGUAUAUGAGCUGGUACACGGAGACAGGUUGGGACAGUUCAGGAUAGAUCCAAACACUGGAGAACUAUUUCUGAACCAGUCCGUGGACAGAGAGAUGGUUUCCAGCUAUGUUCUUGAGGUUCAAGCUCGCGAUCACGGAGAUCCUGUCCUUACAUCCUCCGUCCUGGUCAACGUGAAGAUUGAGGACGCCAACGAUAAUCCUCCAGUUUUCCCUGAAGGGAACUAUACUGUAUAUGUCCAGGAGGAUAAACCCUACGGACACAUCCUUCUAACCUUCUCCGUCACGGACGCAGAUGAAUCUCCGAACGGAGUACCAUUUUCCUGGGAUAUCCGGGCUGGGAACGAGGAUGGUGGGUUUCGGAUGGUUCAGGACGGAUCUCUCAGAACGGCGAAGAAAUUCAAUCACAAGCUGCGAACCCAAUAUAUUCUGCAGAUCAGAGUUUUCGACAAUGGAGCCCAACCUUUGUACUCAGACACAUACGUUACUGUGAAUAUCAUCGAGGAGAGUCAAUAUCCACCCGUCCUCACCCCUCUAGAAGUUGAAGUUUUUUCCUUCCAGGACGAGUUUCCAGGAUCUGUUAUCGGAAAGGUUCACUCCUCUGACCAGGAUCCGUAUGAUGUUCUGGGUUAUGAAAUUGUUCCUGCUUACAGUGUUCCAAACAUGCAUUACCAUCUGAGGAUGUUUGAGAUAGAUCGGCGAACUGGAACCUUGUUGGCUAUUCAAGGUUUAGACGUGGGAGAAUAUAAUCUUAACAUCUCAGUUUCCGACGGAAAAUUUGUUUCCUUCCAGAAGACCCGAGUUACCGUAAACCUGGUAACCGAAACUGUUCUACAGAACUCGGUUGUGAUUAAGUUCUCUCAGGUUUCUCCGGAAGAGUUUAUUCGGAGUUAUAAAAAGAAUUUUGUGGGUAUUGUUAAAAAUCUUUUCAAUGUGAGAUCAAAAGAUGUUGAAGUACUAGGGCUUCAGCCAACCUUCACAGGAGAAAGGGGAACAAGGACCCUAGAGGGAAGAGAAAGAAGGGAAACUGAAGAAAUAAUUAAGAAUCAAUUGUCCCGUCAACCCAACCUGGAAUUGCUCCUGGCUGUAAAGAGGGAUAAUUCAAUACACUUCUCAAGGGACGAAGUAAAAAAAUCUUUGAAUUCAAAACUGCUCUCCGUGUCUGCUCAAGUAGGAUUGAAGAUACUGGAGAUCAGAGAGGAGCUGUGCGAGGAGACUUCCUGCGUGAACGGAAAAUGUCGGGAUUUAAUUACAAUGUCCGAAUCUCAGGUUGUAACAGUCGCGACGGACGUGAGUUCUCUUGUUUUUCCACAGUUUGAAUACCGAACCAUCUGCGAGUGCAAAGUUGGUUUUUCUGGAGAGCACUGUGAUAAGAUUGCAAACGAAUGCCACCGUGAGCCCUGUCCGUCCUUCAAGGUUUGUGUCCCUGAUCAAACUCCUGAGGGUUACUCCUGCCUAUGUCCGACUGGCUUUACCGGUACAGCCUGUACUGUAAAUAUUUCUACCUGUGCACACAGUAAGUGCACGGUUGUAAAUCCAAUACAGUUCUCAGGACGAAGCUAUGCUCAGUAUACUCUUAAAAGAACCGUGGAACGUCACCUUAGUGUUAGUAUUGGAUUCAAGACUCUAUUCAGCGUAGCAACACUGAUGUACGCUCAGGGAUUAGUUGAUUACAGUAUCCUAGAGAUAUCCGAUGGCAAGCUUCAGUAUAGGUUUAAUUUUGGCAGCGGAGAAGGACUGGUCAGGUUGAAUGAAAAGAUAGUAAAUGAUGGAGAAUGGCACGAGGUCAAAUUAGAGAGACAUGGAAACAGUGCAGAGCUUGCUGUUGAUGGGAAGUGGAGAGUUCAUGGAGCAGCUCCGGGUUUAAAUGAUGUUUUAAACCUGGACCAAAGUGAAGUUUUCUUCGGAGCAGAUACAUCUGUACUAGACUCAUCCAAGGAGGGCAGAGCUGUUACUAGAGGGUUUGUUGGAUGUAUGGAUGAUAUCAAGCUAGACCAUGAACCUGUCCCUCUCCACGUCAGUGGGGACAGUCCUGUAGCAAAACUGAAAAGAUUCAUGAAUAUCGAGUUUAAAUGUGAGGCACUACUUCCUCCUGGAGUCUGCGGUAGUCAUCCUUGCAAACACGGAGGAACCUGUCUGGAGCUUGACACUCCGUCAGGGUUCGCUUGCACCUGUCCGUCCAGGUUUUCCGGAGCAACCUGUGAGUACGACCUGGACCCGUGCUCCUCCAACCCCUGUCUCCAUGGUGCCAAAUGUGUAAAUUUAAAGAAUGACUAUCACUGUGAAUGUCCGACGAAGCUGAGUGGGAAGAGAUGUCAUUACGGGAAGUACUGCAACCCCAACCCCUGUGAGAAUAAGGGUGUAUGUGAGGAGGGACAGAACGGAUCUAUCUGUAAAUGUCGAGGUUUCACCGGAGAAUUCUGUACUAUUGAUGUUAACGAAUGUCAGCAUCAGAAUCCUUGUCAUAAUGGUGGAACUUGUGUAAAUUCUCCUGGAGGUUUCCAUUGCAUCUGUACAGGAAAUAGUACGGGUGUUUACUGCAGUGAAUCCGCCCAUGUAUCAUUGGUUCCUAGAACUUAUGCACUCACCCUAGAGGAGGUUGUUGGAAUUAUUCUCAGUCUUUUCAUCAUAGUCGUUAUAGUCGCUCUCUUCGUGGGAUGUGGUCGACUCCGGUCUAAGCGUGACAGUAGGACGAGGAAUAAUACCAUGAAUAUGAUUCAGAAUGAUAUAAACCGAGAUACAAAGAAGAAAGGACGGAACGGAGUUCAAAAGAUGAAUAAUUAUGAACUUACUGCUAGAGAGCAGGAUAUACCAUUACUCCCACAGAGACCCGUUUCUAUUUCUCCGUCUGUAAGUGAAACCCCAUUCAAUUAUAUGGAUACAGUGCGGAGUUAUGGAUCCGCUGCAGAUGAGCUUGAAACUCUACCUAGACUUCCGAAUGAUUACUUUCAGAAUAUUCAGAAACCCAUCGCUACUGUUGCUCCAUCAAUGAUUGCAGAUCGUGACAUGAACCUCAAAGACAACUACUUUUUGAGGAAAAAGAGUCCUGGCCUAGAUUCAACCCGUCCUAGCUCCUCCAGCAGUUAUAUGUUUAGAGCUAACAAACUUCGGGUGAAUCUUCCACCAGACGGCGAGGAAACUUGUCAAUCUGAGUUGUCAAUGGAAGACGAUUGCCAGAGAUAUCACUGGGAUUGCUCCGACUGGGCAAACCAAGCUACUCUUCCAGCCUUGUCUGAGCUCCCUAACGGCGAGAUCCUUGAAAACUGUAGUUGGUUGAGUGGUAUUCAACGAAACAGUUCUCAAGGGAUAAACCAAGCUGACAGACCAUUCAACCCUGCCGAACCUGUUGAUCCAACACGUGAUAUUGAAACACUGCCGGAGGAUGAUACAGAGACACCAGAGGAUCCAGACGGAGUAUCUCAGUAUAAUUCAGAGUGCGAGUCUCAGCUGGGAGCUGUUUAUCCUGAUGAAGACAGUCCUGUUCAUGAGACAAAUAAAUCAAUCGAGGAACUCAUGAUGAUCAAUGGAGUCAAUUAUGUUGAUGACGAUGAAGAAAGUGUGGAGAUCCCGAACAGCUACGAUUACAAGCUGCACCUAAACAAUUACCUUCCAACCUAUCACCUUGGGUCGGAUCCUGAUACAGACGAAGCAACUCCGAUGCUAGGACGCCACCAGAUGGGUCGUCUUUACCAGCAACGAAGCCCAGACUUGCAGAGAUACGCAGUUCUCGGAGUUUCUCAGCUACCAAUAUCUCAAGCUAAGAACUCAGUUUUUCCAGUUCGUGGAGCUGUACUGUCUCCGACCAAGAGUGGCGAAGACGACGAGGACCAAGUUUGUGAAAUUGAAGACGCUGGAGAAGAAAACGAGGCGAGUGCUUUCAGGAGACCUCCAAGUCCCAGAGUUACACAAGUUUAAAGUUAAUUUAAAAGACUUUGCAACAAGUUUUAUCAAGGUUUGGCGCAUUUAACUAACCCACUAUCACUUUGAUGGCCAGAAGAGAAGACUUAUAUGUCCUUGUAACAUGAGAAUCAAUGCAAUCGCUUCAAAAUUCAAGCAACCUUAAUCGGUAUCAUACAUUCAGCUGCUAAACUACAUUAUUUGUUAAAUGUCAUGGGUAACAAUAAAUUUAUCGUAUUUA